GGUGUAGGAAGGAGGCUGGCUCUGCAUCACAGUGGAAGCAGCCCGGACCGUGACUCUGUUUACUCAGCCCUUCACACGCGCCAGCAAAGACACAGAGCCCAUCCUCUUUAUCAGAUGUUUAUAUCAGGCUUCCUUCAGUCUGAAAAGUUGCACUGUAGAAAAUGGAAUCACCUCACGCAUGCCGUCAACAGGGCCAACAGAAUCUUGAAGCCAUGAAGGCAGGGAUGUUUUUUCGUAAGGUGAAGUCUCGUAUGUGGAGGCGCCAGCGACACUAUAAACUUCAGGAGGACUGCAAGACUAUCGCAUAUAAAUCCAGCUGGGCAAUAAACUCAUAUUCAACAUUCUCCAUCAGUGAUGUGGAGGCUGUUCGUGAGGGUCAUCAGUCCGAGGCUCUCCUCGGUGUGGCAGACGAGUUUCCUCCAGACCGCUGCUUCACGCUGGUGUUUCGCGGCCGUAAAGGAAACCUGGACCUGGUGGCCGAGUCUGCGGAGGAAGCUCAGGCCUGGAUCCAGGGCGUCCGAGGCCUCAUGGAGAACAUGGAGAACAUGGACGAGAGCACCAAACUUGACCAAUGGAUCUCAGACUGGUUUUCCAAAGCAGACCGAAACAAGGAUGGCCGAAUCAAUUUUAAAGAAGCUAAAAAACUGCUGAAAAUGAUGAACAUCGACAUGAAUGAAGAACACGCAUGCUGUCUAUUCAUGAUGGCAGAUAAGUCUCGGUCAGGAACCCUGGAGGAUCAGGAGUUUGUGGAGUUCUAUAAGAUGCUCACUGAGAGAAGGGAAGUGCUGGAUUUGUUCCAGGAAUAUUCCAGUGACGGACAGAUACUGUCCCAGUGUGAUCUGGAGGAGUUCCUGAGAGAGGAGCAGCUCGAGGGGGAGAGUAGUUAUGAACAUGCCCUUCAGCUUAUUGAUCGCUAUGAGCCAUCAGAAACGGCCAGAAUGAAUCACUCGAUGUCAGUCGAUGGGUUCCUAAUGUACCUGACGUCCCCUGAGGGAUCCAUCUUCAAUCCAGAGCGGCAGGGCAUCUAUCAGGACAUGAGCCAAUCUCUUGCCCACUAUUACAUCUCGUCCUCACACAACACUUACCUGAUGGAGGACCAACUAAAGGGACCAAGCAGCAUUGAGGCCUACAUCCAGGCUCUGAAGCGUGGCUGCAGGUGUGUAGAGGUGGACUGCUGGAAUGGAGCCAACGGGGAGCCGGUAGUUUAUCAUGGACACACAUUCACAUCCAAGAUUCUUCUCAAAGACGUGAUCACUACUAUUGCAAAUUAUGCCUUUAAGGCUUCUGAGUAUCCGCUCAUCGUGUCUAUUGAGAACCACUGCACUGUAGAGCAACAGAAAGUCAUGGCUCAACAGUUCAGAGAAAUUCUGGGCGAUAUGUUGCUGACCAGCACAGCAGACACUGAGGUUUCCACUGAACUGCCGUCCCCAGAGGCACUUAAGAGGAAAAUCCUGUUAAAAGGGAAGAAGAUUGGACACGAGUCAGAGAGCCCCACAGCUGAAGUCAGCGAUGAAGACGAGGCAGCAGAAAUGAAUAAGGAGAGUUCGGCAUCUGAGAGUCUGCCAGCAGAUGGCAAGAAAUCGAAGCAAAAUCUAUGCAAGGAGCUCUCGGACAUUAUGUUCUGUAAGAGUGUACAUUUCCACAGCUUUGAACAUUCCAGAAUCUCUGCUAAGCCUUAUGAGAUGUCAUCGUUCUCUGAGUCUAAAGCCAGAAAAUAUUCAAAGGAAGCAGGUUCAGAUUUUGUUCUGCAUAACACCAGGCAGCUGAUAAGAGUGUAUCCAAGUGGAAUGAGGACUGAUUCAUCAAAUUACUCUCCAGUAGACAUGUGGAACAUGGGAUGCCAGAUUGUGGCAUUAAACUUCCAGACAGCAGGAAUGGAAAUGGAUCUUAAUGAUGGGCUGUUUAGUCAGAAUGGCUGCAGUGGAUAUGUUUUAAAACCCGAGAUGCUGCGCAACAGAGAGAGACAUUUUGAUCCUGAAAAACCAGAGGAACGUGAGGAUUACAACCCUUUAGUCUUCUCUGUUAAGGUUAUCAGUGGACAACAGCUGCCUAAACUAAAGCAAAAUGAAUGGUCCAUUGUAGAUCCCUUUGUAAGGGUGGAGAUUUAUGGCGUUCCUUUGGACCAAGCCAAACAGGAGACCAAAUACAUCGACAACAAUGGUUUCAACCCAUAUUGGAAUGAAAGUGUACAGUUCAUCGUCCACACCCCUGAGCUUGCACUGGUGCGUUUUGUAGUUGAAGACCAUGACAAAACCUCAAGGAACGACUUUAUAGGGCAGUACACUCUUCCAUUGUCCUGUAUUCAGCCAGGCUAUCGCCACGUCCAUCUGUUGUCCAAGGAUGGAACGACUAUCCGUCCAUCUUCCAUAUUCGUUCACAUCAAAAUCACAGAGCUGAAUCACAGUUCUAAUGUCCAUGCUUGAAGCUUGUUCUGAAGAGCUUCUGUUUCUCAGACAAAUCUGUAUAUUACUGUAAAAAGGCAGAGAACAUUUUGUCUUGUGCUUUGCUCAAAAAUACUUGAAGAGAUUUGAAAAAAGUCAAGCCAUAAUUUAAACAUAUAUUCCUCCAUCUUGCAUUAAAACAAAAAGUGUAGCAACUGCCAUUAUUUUUAAAAAGUACCUCUAUAGUAGCUGCAUGGUUUUAGAUGUGCCUUCUCAUGAGAAAAAGAGCAUUCUUGUAAAUGCAGAUAUUUACUAAUAUAAUCAUUUAAUCUAUGCAAUAUUAAGUCAACUUGAUUGCAUUUUUUUGUUUGAAGGUUACACAAUCAGGGUAUAAUGCAUCCUUAAGGUUGUACAUUAUCUACAUCGAUACAUUGACUAGAUGCCGCAUACGGACCCCGAACAUGCAUCAAUAGGGCUGCCACGCUUGUACAGUGCUCCCAGGAUAAAUGUCAUUCAACCGCAAUAGUCAAGACUAAAGCAAUCUGAAGAUGCUGGACUUUAAUGCUGUGUAUGGGUGUAAUGAGCAAACAAAGCAUGAAGGCAUGACAUUUCAUAUGUAAGAUUUCGUUUUUUAAGUUUUUGUAUCUUACGAACUUUUGUGCUAAACAAGUAAUGUUACUGAUGAUAAUACAGUCACUUACUGCAUUCACCAUAAGACAAAGUAGCCCCAACUUGCAAAAAAUUUUAGGCUUAUGCUAGUUUUGUUGAAUAACAUCAGCAAACAAUGUAAAUGAAAUAUGACAAGACGCUGCUGUGCCAGAUAUUUGUAUUAUUGUCAGCUAAGUGAAGUAACGGCUAUUUUUUGACGUAACUUAUAAGGGUGCCUGAUAACAUAACAGUGCCUGCGCUUCAAUGUGCAUACUCUCCACCCUAAAUUAUUGAACAUUACAAAUGUUAUAUACCAUUAGAUCAGAAAGGUGGAUAUGCACAUUGAGACAUCAAUGAUCGGGAUAUCGAUGGUUUACACGAGUCGUUCAUAACGGCGAUUCAUUCACAAACGAAUCGCUCCCUCUGUUGAGAAGUGAAAGCAGGAGAGGAGGUGUGUUUCAGGACAUGGAUUAGGCCAAAUUUAACAGGGAGGGAGGAUAAUACAUUUACAUGCACACAAUCAUAUGCUCUUUGUCUGCAAUACCCGUGGGGCCACUUAUCCAUCGCUAUAGAAAAGUGAAAUAAAAUUAUAAUUUUUGUAAUUUAAAAAAAUAUUUGUGAUCUGACCACCGGGCAAACUCCCGAUCAGAGAUAUAUGUAUAAAUGUUUACAUAUCUAUGGCUCUGGAUGGCCAGUCCUCCACUACACCUUGGUCCCACAUUUAUUUCAAAGGAGCGCUACCCUGUACUAAAAUGGCGGCUCUAUUGAUGCAUUCCUUCCAAUAGACAACAAAUCCAAUGUGACAUCUAAUGUAAAUAUCUAUGCAUUAUCUAAAUUAGUCAAAUUAAGCAUGUUAAAGUGCCUUUUAUUACUAACCCAAAAGCAAGUGUUCAUGGUGAAUGAGUCCUUAUGUAUGUAUGACUAUGUCCAGGCAAAAUACCUUUAAAAAGAAAUAAAUCAGAAUAAAUGUACUGUAAAA